AUGGCUUCAUGGUACAUUACCGUACGACUCCUCUUUCUGGUGUUUGUGGCAAUAUGGUCUGUCUCAGCAACGAUUCCCCAGUAUACUCAGGAGCAGAUCAACUCGGGAGAUGCGUUGAAAGACUUGAGCAAACUAGCGUACGAAAAUGCAAUGAGCCGCCUGGAAAGUAACGGAACAUCUGGAUGCAACAAGGAUAAUGUCAAGGUUUACAAGGAAUGGAGGAAUAUCCCUAGUGAUGAACGCAUCGCGUACACAAAGGCCGUGCAAUGCCUCGUGGACAAACCCGGGCUGAUGUCCAUCUUUGAAGGGUCCAAAACUGCAUUCGACGACUUUACUGUGCUCCAUAUCUUAUUGACUCCAUAUGUGCACGUCUCGGCUUCUUUCCUCCUCUUCCAUCGCUACUUCUUAUUCACAUAUGCUGAAAAGCUUGCCGAGUGUGGGUAUACUGGAUCUAUACCUUACUGGGAAUGGGGACUCGAUUGCGACGACGUCGACGCCUCGCCUCUAUUCGAUGGAUCCGCUACAUCCCUCGGCAGUAACGGCGAAAAGAUUGCGAAUCGUACCGCCCCCACGAUCCCAGGCUUCGACCUGUCUGGUAUGCUCUUUGGGACCGGCGGCGGCUGCGUCCACAGUGGGCCGUUCAAGAACCUUACCGUCAACUUGGGUCUCAUUACGGAUCCGGAUCCAACGCGAUAUGCUCCACGAUGUUUGAAGAGAGACUUGAACCCGUUUAUAUGCAAGAACUUUGCAUCGCUGCGCAACACAACCAGCGUCAUUCUCGACAGCCCAAAUAUUGAGCUAUUCCAAGCCAUCAUGCAAGGAGACACACGUUAUGCGCAGGCACGAAAUGUGUUCUUUGGUGUACAUGGCGGCGGUCACUUUAUCAUCGGUGGCGAUCCGGGCGGUGAUUUUUACUUCAGUCCCGGAGAACCCGCUUUUUACCUACACCACGGCCAACUAGAUCGACUCUACUUUAUUUGGCAAAACUUGGACUGGGAGAACCGACAGAACGUGGGCGGCACACGCUCGUGGGCCGGUAUUCCUUUGGCCCAAAACGCCACACUCGACGAUACCCUUCCGUUCCCGCCACUAAAUAAGAAGAGAAGUUUGGGUGAGCUGAUUUCGACAACUGCCGGACCCUUCUGUUAUGUAUAUGAAUGA